AUGGACGAUUGUGCUUCUUUUCCGACUUGCAUUUUGAAAGUGAAUGUGGGGAGUUGUGAGGAAUGUGCGGCGAAAUUGAAGAAGUACUUGGCAAAAGUUGACGGAGUUCAUGGAGUUGAUGUUGAUGCAGAAAAAGGGCUAGUGAGAGUAUCAGGCCCAGUAGACCCGAGAAAAUUAAUUAGGAAGCUUGCGGAGAAGAAGAUGAAAGCAGAGCUCUUAUCAUAUGGGGAUCCAAUCAUGAUUAGCGAAAACAAGAAUUGCGUGGAAAUGCAAAAGAAAAAGGCGAUUCAUGUAAGGAAAGAUUACCAUGAUUUUGAUGAUUAUGUCCCAACAAAGAUAUAUGAAGAUUUUGAGUGCAGAGACUCCAAUUGCAGAUUUGAACAAAAGAAACCAAUUAUGCACGGCAAUGAUCACUACGUGCCAAUGGUUAAGCUCCACCCUCCUAACCCUUAUCGGCUUCCCCCUCCUAACCCUUGUCGGUUUCCCCCUCCUAACCCUAACCCUUAUCGGCUUCCCCCUCCUAACCCUUGUCGGUUUCCCCCUCCUAACCCUUAUCGGUUUCCCCCCGCUCCACCAAAUUUGCACCAUCCCGGGUACUAUGGAAGACCUUUAGUGCCUCAGUAUGACCAUGGUGGUUGUCGCUUGGGUACUGACCUCCCCUAUCGGUUUCCCCCUCCUAACCCUCUUCAGUUUUCCCCUCCUAACACUCAUUGGUUUCCCCCCGCUCCACCCAAUUUACACUAUCCACAGUACUACGGCGGACCUAUAGUACCUCAGUAUGACAGCAGUGGUUAUUGCCGGGGUGCUGACCAUGAUGCUAGUUGUAUGUGGCCGUCGUUGCAACCACUGCCGCCUUAUGAUCAUUACGGGGCUAGGCAUAUACCGACAAAUAAUGAUUUUACUCACUUCUUCAGUGAUGAGAAUGCUGCGGGUUGCACUGUCAUGUGA